ACAAGGCCUUGGAUUUUGCACCUCUAUUUCUCACAAUUAUUUAUUCAUGCAUACUUCCCUUUGAUUGAGCCAUAACAUAACAAAAAGUAGUGGCUUGUGUUGUGUGAGCCAAAACAUGGAGGUGGAUCAGAUGCAGAGACAGUGCUUGGACUACACCAAAUCCUUAUUCUUGGAGGGCUUCUUGGAUGGUCAAUUUGUACAACUACAGCAGCUACAAGAUGAGAACAACCCCGACUUUGUAGUUGAAGUCGUCUCACUCUUCUUUGAAGAUUCUGAGAGGCUUCUCAAUGACCUUACCUUUGCUCUAGAUCAGAAAAGUAUUGACUUCAAAAAGGUUGAUGCUCAUGUUCACCAGCUAAAGGGUAGCAGCUCAAGCAUAGGUGCACAGAGGGUAAAGAAUUGUUGCAUUGCUUUCCGCAACUUCUGUGAGGAACAGAACAUAGAUGCGUGCCUCAGUUGUCUGCAACAAGUAAAGCAAGAGUACUGUCAUGUCAAGAAUAAGCUUGAGACACUGAUCAGGCUUGAGCAACAGAUAGUGGCAGCUGGUGGGUCAAUCCCAACGAUGGAGUUCUAAGAAUGUUAAUUUGUAAAGGGAAGUAAGAGUAUUUUGUGAUCCACUUGUUCUUUGGUGAAAAUUCUCUUUAAUGUAAUGUCCCUGAUAAUUGUAUGGAUUAUCUUUCAUGGAGAACUCAGCUAUGUUUCCAUUAAGUAUACCUUUUUUUGCAUAAAGAAACAGCCUAAUUUGUGAUCUCUUGCAUGCUUUAAUGAAGAUUGAUAGCUUCAAAAUCACAAA